ACGCUAGCUUUCUUCUUUCCCAUCGUCGUCUCGCUCAACCAAAUUCGUUCUCUUCGAUCUUAUUUACAUGGCGCCAAAGGCCGAGAAGAAGCUGGCGGAGAAGAAACCGGCACCAGAGAAGCCCGCGGCCGAAGAAAAACCAGCGGAGAAGAAGCCGGCCGAGAAGAAACCGAAGGCCGAGAAGCGGUUGCCUGCGAAAGAUGGAGGCGACAAGAAGAAGAAGAAGAAGGCCAAGAAGGGUACAGAGACCUACAAGAUUUAUAUCUUCAAAGUCUUGAAGCAGGUUCAUCCCGACAUCGGGAUCUCUAGCAAAGCGAUGAGCAUUAUGAACUCGUUUAUCAAUGAUAUCUUUGAAAAGCUGGCAAAUGAGUCCUCUCGUCUCGCUCGCUAUAACAAGAAGCCGACGAUAACUUCCCGCGAGAUCCAGACGUCUGUGCGACUUGUGCUUCCUGGCGAGCUUGCGAAGCAUGCUGUGUCUGAGGGAACAAAAGCUGUUACAAAGUUCACGAGUUCUUAAGCUGCAGGUCGGGCUAUAUUAUCAUAUGGAUGAUUGGCCUUUGAUUUUAUGUUGAUUUAUAGUAUGUCUAUUUUCUAUAUUGUAUUAAGCAAUUGAAAUGUUAUGAUGUAUGAGAAUUGGUCUGUUGAUCGAAUGGAAGUUUUAUAUGGUAAUCAAUUCAUCACUUUUUAUUUUUA